AUGACCACCGUGCCCUCAGGAGAGGCCAGAGCCACCAGCACCCCUACACAUGGUGACAGCAAGUCUACAGACAUCCCAACCGUGGGGUCCCAAAGUCCGGUGCCCCUCCUUGCAGAUGUCCCAGCAGCUCUCAGCACUGCAGCUUUGGCUGAACAGCAGGAUGUAGACCAGGCCUCCAUCAAGCCAGCCACCUUGGAGGACAAGUCAGGGUCUGGAGACAAGGACAAGCAUGAAGCUGCUGCAGGGCAUGGCCAGGAGCCCAAGGAGGCCACCACCCUGCUUGAUCACCCGGCCCCAGACGCACUGCAAACAUCCAUGGGCCUCCAGGACUCAGUGCAGAAUGGACCGGGGCAAGAUUCAAGGAUGACUCAGGGUCCUCAGGUUUUCCAACAAGACUCCCUGAUUAAGGAAGAGACACCACAAACAGCGGGGGUCCCAGGUAGGGGGCAGGAACUAGCUCCAUCUACCCCAAGUGCUCAGGUACAGUCCCCCCAAAAUGUGGAGGCUCAGCCCGUUCUGAGCACUGCGGAUGCCAACAGCCAGCCUGACACUCGGGCCUCUGACACCGCUGAAGCUGUUGAGAAACCUGAGGAUCUGGAAGCCUUGAACCCUGACACUUACGCUUUGCCAUCAGCCCCCACUUUGCCUGGGCCCCGAAGGGUGGCUCUGGGGAGGAGGCCCACAGACUACGAGGCCAGCGAGAACAAUUAUAUGCGCUCCAUGACCAGCCUGUUGGGCGGGGGCGAGGGGUCCUUCAGCUCGCUGGCAGACAUCCUGGUGUGGUCUGAGACCACCAUGAGCAUGGCCACAGGCAUCCUGGCCUCUGGCCGCGGCUCCAUGACAGACCUGCUGCACACCACGGGGCCCGGCCUGCACUCUGUCUCCAGCAUCCUAGGGAGCGCCAGCUCCGCCUUCUCCUCUGGGCUGGCAGAAGGGACCAUCUCAGCCCUGCGCACCGUCACCCACAUCCUGGAAUCAGUGGAGCGGAGGACCAUGGAGGGCAUCCGCUCAGCCGUGCGCUACCUGACCAGCCACCUCACCCCAAGCCAGGCCCAGGCCAGCCCCAACCUCAACUAG